CUGUAACUGACUCUUGAACUUCACUUCUUUAACUUUUGACUUCCGCCAUCUUUGAUUUUGAUUGCCUUUAAAACAGGGCCAGAAGAAGUUUGUGUACACGUUAAUAAAUUAAAUUAUUUUUCGGUAAAUGUUAAAUAAUUUUCGGUGAUUGUGUAUUUAUUUUAAAUUAGUGUGCUAUAAAAUAUGGGUCGUAAGAAGAAGAAGUUGUCAAAACCAUGGUGCUGGUAUUGCAAUAGGGAGUUUGAGGAUGAAAAAAUCCUUAUACAACACCAAAAAGCCAAACAUUUCAAAUGUCACAUAUGCCAUAAGAAAUUAUAUACAGGUCCUGGUCUUUCGAUACACUGUAUGCAAGUUCACAAGGAAACGAUAGAUAAGGUUCCUAAUUCAUUGCCAAAUCGUUCUAAUGUUGAUAUUGAAAUAUAUGGGAUGGAAGGAAUACCUGCUGCUGAUUUAAGAGAACAUGAAAGACAAAAACAAGGUAGUAGACCUAGUAAUGAUUCUGGAUCCGAUGAUGAUGAACCAACUACCAAGAGGCCAAAGCCCGAGGGACUUCUAGGCAAUGCACCAGGAGUUAUGCAAGGAGUGCCUAAUAUGGUUCCAGGAAUGAUGCCUCCACCAGGGAUGCCUCCAGGCAUGGGGAUGGGUCCAAUGAUGCAAAUGGGUCAUAUGCAACAUCAUUUUAUGCAUCAUCAUCAUCCUCCUGGUAUGCAAAUGAUGCCAGCACAUAUGCAGCAAAUGAUGCAACAGCAAGCUGGUCCUCCAAAACCACUAUUCCCUAGUGCUAUCCCUACAUCAUCAUCAGGCGGCCCUAUAGUUGGAACUGAUUUUAAGCCUAUAUCAUCAGCUGCAACAAUAAGCGCCCCUCCCACAACAAAUUUGUCAGCAGGCAGUAAUAGUGAAGGAAAUAAAGUAUCCACAAUAGCAACUUCUAGUGCCACAAGUAAGAUAAUUCAUCCAUCAGAAGAUACAUCUUUGGAAGAAAUUAGGGCGAGGCAUUCUAAAUAUUCCAGAAACAUUCCUUCAAAAACAGACGAUGGACCUUCGAGCUCCAGUAAUGCAGCCUCUGAGUUGGCCAUGGCAGUUUCUGCAGCACAGCAGGCAGCGGCACAACAACAGAAGCAGCAUGUGGAUGCCAUGAACCAUCACCAUGCCAUGAUGCAAAGGUUUCCUGUUCGUGUGAGUGGUCCCCCCAUGACCAUGACCAUGGGUGGACCUAUCAUGACGCCCAUGCGACAUCAGAUGCUUCCUGGCCCACCCACUUUAAUAGGAGGACCAUUAAUGAGACCACCACCGUUACAAAUGCCUCCAGGUAUGAUUGGGAUGCCUCCAGGUAUGGUUUAUGGUGGCCCAAUGUUCCCUACAGGACCCGUGCUGAUGCAACCACGAUAUAGAUGAUCUCCGUUAUACCUCGUUUAUCAUCCGCAAGUUUAAAUUAAGUCCAAUUUUUUUAACAUAAGAUUCAAAUAUUUCGUUUUUGUUGAACAAUUUUUUAUAUCCAUUUAUUAACUUGCAUGCAGCGAAAGUGUUUUUUGUUGAUCAUUUCUAUUUAUAAUUUUUUAUUUUGACAGGUUUUGAAAAAGUACAAACAUAAGUUUCUGAUACAAAAUACCUGCCUGCACGGUAUGUAAAUUUUUUUAUAUAUUUUUUUUUUUUUUUUCAUCAUUCGGAUUUAUCUUUAAUGAAAAGGUUUGUCUAUUUCUUACUUAUUAAUUAUUUAUCAGGUUGUCGUUCAAACCACAAAAAUAAUUUUGAUGGACAUUUAUGGAUAGAGAAUUUUAAGGUCUUGUUUUAUUUACAUUUAAAAAAUGGGAGUUAAUAAGGUAUUUAAUACAUAUUUUGAACGGAAGUAGAUUGUAAUUUUAAUUAAUAAUGUGUCAAUUUAUUUGCCAUUUUAUCAUCUUUUAUAUUAUAUUACCAACCUAAUUGUAUUAAUUUUUAUAGAAGAUUACAAUUUUAUUUACUCUCCCAGACCUGUAAUUCAUAAUAAAUUGUAUAUUCUAUUUUACUUAAAACUUUUAAAGAUCUUAAUCUUCUUUUGUCCAUUUGGCAGGUUCGUACCAUUUAUCUUUUCUUUUUUUCAAAUCAUGAAAGGUAAGAAAUAUUGAAUAGUCUAUUUUUUUGUAAUCUAAUUUUGGAAGGUCAUCGCCAUUUUUUUUUUAAUUUCAAUAGGAAUUUUUCAUUAAUUUCCUGCAUAUUAAAAACUUUUUUAAUUAUAAUUAUAGGAACGAUUAUUUUAAAUAUGAUUAUUACAUUUUUAAAGCGGAUAUUUUUUACUUAAAUUUCAUCUAAUAGCCACAUUUUGCAGUCUGAUUGAUCACAAAAUUGCAGUACAUUUGCAGUCGAUCCUUGUUGGAUGGUUUUGGUACAUCAAAGAGUAGAAAUAAUAGAAUAAACAUUUUCUAUGCCUUCUUUUUCUACUCAAAAGAAGUAGCAGUGCCUCUUCUAUCUUAUUUUGUGUUAUGUGAUCAGGUUGUAGUUGCUUCUAUCGGAAGUCAACCACAAAAAUUGCAAUCGGCCACAUUUUGCAAUGUAAUUAAUAAUAAUAAUAAUAAUAAUAAUAAUAAUAAUAAUAAUAAUAAUAAUAAUAAUACUCUUCCUAAUUCACCCACUUAAGUCGACUGAGAGACUUGUAUAGGGGAAGGGACGCCUAUUAUUAUUAUUAUUAUUAUUAUAAUUUUUAUUAUUAAUAUUAUUUGCCGUGGUGCUUCGGGGCGACUUAAAGAUGAUUGAUGGUGCCAUUUUACUUACAGGCGAGGAAAACCUCACCCACCAUCAUGGAGACGGUAACGCUUGGCGAUUUAUAAUCUGCAUGUCAUAUCAACAGAAAUUACAUUUCUGUUAAUACGGCACACAUCAAAUCCUAUACCGAACCAUGCAAUUUAUGCCGCUCUGUCUGUCUCUGAACCACAAACUUGCCUAUAAAUGAAUAUAAGUGCGUGAGAUUGCUACGCCACCGAUCUGACAAAAUUGCAGUCUAAUUGUAGUCGAUAUAUGUUGAAUGGUUAACAAAAAAGAUACCUUAUCUCUAGCACAAACAAUAGAACAAACAUUUUCUGUCUUCUUUUUUUCUACUCAAAACAAGUAGCAAUUGUUUGUUUUGUGGUCAGGUUGUAGUUGCCUUGACCGCAAGUAAACCACAAAAUUGCCUUCGGUACGUGGUGUGAUUCAGCCGCAAAUUGCCGCCCAAAUUUAUGGUUAUCUCAACUGUCAAAUGUGGCUCGUGUAUAGUCUAUAAACAAGUCAUGAUAUUGUUGUCUUUAGAACUUAAAAAAUAGUUUAGUUGACACUAUGUACAUAAUAUUUCUCUAGAAAUAAAGCUAAUUAGUUUCAAAGUACAAAGCAAUACUUUUAAGUAGAUAUAACUUUUAUAUUGAACAUGCAAGAAAUAAGUAAAUUAAUUCUAUUGGAAUUACGGUUUUAUAGACGAUUCAAUCUAAGUGUAUCAACUAUGCAUCGUUUUGUAAACACACUAUUGAAAAUUAACCAACACCAAUUAUUUGUGGAUUUAGAAUAUUUAAUGUAAGAAGUAAAGCUUUUAGAAUAAUCCCACUAUUUAAAAAACUAACAAGAGGCCUGGUUAAUAAGGGUAACUUAUUUAGAUAUUUUAUAACCAGUAUUUUAAUUACUUUUUCCAUAACGAAUAAUGAGAGUACGUAAAAAAUAGAUAUUAUUGACAUGCAGUUCUUUAUAUGGCACCAAUUACAAUUUGAAUCGUCUAUAGCCAAUUAAAUAAUCAGAAAAAGAAAAUUUUAUACAAAAGCAUCAUUUUUAGGAUACAGCAAAUUUUUUAGACUACAACAUUAAGUUGGGUUGUGUAAAUAUUAGAAUUGUAAUGAAAAAUGACAUGACGUCUGACCUUUUCAAAAAGUAAAUUGUAUUCAACUAAACGAACACCAAAACGUGUGUAUUUUUAUCAAGUAAAACAAAAAUCAUCGAAAUUUCUUUUAACUAAUUUUGAAUACAGUUUACGCCAAAUAUUAAAGGAAUAAAAAUAAUAAUGUAAUCAAAACUAAAAAUAAGUAUUUGGAAAAAAGCUUUGUAAAUCUGAAAAGGUAGGUCUUAGAUAAAUUAAAUUAGAAAAAAAAUUAUAUUAUCCUGCAUAGCAUUUGUGAAGUCCGCAUAGAAAAUUUUGAGAUGUGAAAAGGUACGCCAAUUUUUUUAUUAAUGGUGAACGGGAAAUAAGUUUUCAUAUAUAUUUCAGUUAUAUGAAAAUUUAAUUUAAUUAAACCAGACGUGAGGAUGCUUUUGAGCCAAAAAUAAUUGACAAUUGAAAUUUUAAUUUAAUCAAUUCGGCGUGAAAUAAUUUUUUUACCUUUACGUUUUUUUUUAUAAACAAUUAGAAUUAGUUUAAAAACAAAAAAAUACUAAUCUUAAAGGAAGACUUCUUUGUAUAAUUUAAAAUUUUUACCUACAUUUUUUGGUUUCAAACAUUACUUGAUAUAAAAAUAACUUAUCUAAAUGUUAAUGUGUGAUGUUAUCUCGUCAGUUAAAUAUAUGAAUUGUGUAUUGUAAUGCUUUUUAAUGCAUAAUUGGAGGCGACUAUUCUUUAAAGAAAAUUAUUUUUGUUUGGAAGCACCCGUCUUGCACCUGGAAAGGGUCUUGUAGAUGGACAGGCGACGUCAGUCACAGCAUUGUAGCUGUUGGAUUGAUGAAGCCCCCUGUAUUUCUAUAUAUUACGAUUACUGUAACCACUGCAUUUUAAACAAAAUACAAUUACAUUACACUGUGAUAUAUCUUAUUUUCGAAUCGUAAUAUACAGUGAACACAGGUGAUUACUAGGUCACAGCAAUUAGAAUAAAUGAGGAAAACAUGGUUGUGCUGUUGGGCCAUCGAUCCCCUGUCAAGAAAAUGUGGCUUUACACAGGCGAUUGUUAACGGUUUUUGCCGUUCACAAUCACAGGUUUGUACCUGUUGGACCAGAUCAAAUAAUUUUGACGGUUUUAAAGAUAUCAUCUACAUGCAGAAUUUAAAAAGGGAUAUUUUGGCGAGUUACUGCUUGAUCAACUGUGAUACAGGAAGUUGGUUUCCUACUACAAAUAAUUUAAAUGGGUACAGAUUAUAUAUAUUUUUAUCACUGUCGAGUAGCUCGUGCAACGUUACCUCUUAAACGUCUUUAAUUUUUAUGGUGGUUAGUAAAUGCUUUGUAAAUACCGAAUUUUCUUGUCAGUUAUUUGUGAUCUGGACCCCUGUAAUUCACCGCAAUAUAUGUAUUUAUUCAAGUAGUUCUAUAAUUAUAACAUUUUGAUGUAUCCCGUUGUUUGACCAAUAAAGUCACG